AAUAGGCUCCAUAUUUAACCCUAGUUUCUCUAUCCAAAUACAAGCAAACCAGUAUUUCUGUCUUCAAUACCAAAUCUCCCCCAAGUUUAUCCACUCAGAUCCAUCUCUCUGCAUUGCAUUUCAGUUAUAUUCUGAGAAAUUAAAUCCCAUAAAUUUCCAGGAUUUUCUUAUAAUCAUUUUGCUUAUAUAUAUAUAUAUAUAUAUAUAUAUAAUAUACAUAUUGAGUCGAAGAACAAAAAUACAGAAAAGAAAGAGAGAAUAUGGUGGGGGCUGCUUCGGAUGAUCUGUCGAGGAUACUUCCUAGGGUUCUCAUCGUCUCCCGACGAACAGUUCGUAAGAACAAGUUCGUCGAUUUUGUGGGAGAGUACCAUCUCGAUUUGAUCGUGGGAUACGGAGCAGUGCCAGUGAUAGUGCCACGCGUGAAAGGAGUGCACACGCUCCUAGAGAGCUUCGACCCCAUCCAUGGCGUCCUCCUAUGCGAAGGAGAAGACAUCGACCCUUCCCACUACGAAGCGGAGAUGGCCGGUCUCUCCCCAGAGGAUAUUGAUGAGAUCAGAAAGGUUCACGCCAGUGACACCGCCAUCGACGUUGAGAAAGACAACAUCGAACUCAGACUGGCCAAGCUCUGUCUCCAAAGAAACAUACCCUUCUUAGGCAUUUGUCGUGGAUCCCAGAUUCUUAACGUAGCAUGCGGUGGAUCUCUCUACCAGGACGUGGAGAAGGAACUCUCUCGCAAUGGGGAAGAAGGGGUGAGGCAUAUGGACUAUGAGAACUAUGACGGGCACAGGCACGCGGUGAGAAUAGUGGAGAAGACGCCAUUGGAGGGGUGGUUCAGAGAGUCGCUGGAGGAGGAGAAGAUGGAGAUAAUGGUGAAUUCGUAUCAUCACCAGGGGGUGAAGAGAUUGGCGGAAAGGUUCGUGGCGAUGGCGCAUGCAGGAGAUGGACUGAUAGAAGGGUUCUACGAUCCAAAUUGGUAUGAACCUGAAGAGGGCAAGUUCAUGAUGGGUCUCCAGUUCCAUCCCGAGCGGAUGAGGCUCUCUUCUUCUGAUGAUUCCUUUGACUAUCCCGGAUGCCCUUCUGCUUAUCAGGAAUUCGUGAAAGCGGUGAUCGCGUACGAGAAGAAACUAAACGCAACAGGGAAAGUGCCAAGAAGCCCCAAGUUGAACAACGAGAUGGAGAUGAAGAGGAAGAAUCUGGUGAGAAGCUUCUCCAUCGCCAAACUCAUCUACUUCUCUGGAGGGGAACCCACAGCCCCAACCCAUAAAUCCCAGAUAGAAGCAGGAGCUGAGUUCCUCGAGGCGAGCACGGUGCUGAGCGAGCAGGAGGAGAAGAGGCUGAAGCAGAUGGGGGCAACGGUGAGGAACUCGACGGGGUACAUGAAGAAGAUGAGGAUGAAGAAGGAUCAAGAGAGGGUGGCUCAUUCCAUCUUGGACAAGAUGCCUGUCGACCGCUUGUCCGAUCUUCUUUCCUUUUACCAUAUGAUGUCCCGUCUCUGCUCCCAUGUCCUCGAGACUAAGCUCUCGUGACCCUUUAUCAACAAUUUUCAUUUUUUCGAUACCCUGAAAUUUCAUUAUGGAGACAAUCCUUCGUUUAUGACCAAAAUACGCUUUGAGUGUCAUUCUACA